AUGGAAGAAAAGUGUUCUCCGGAAGGAGUAUAUGGUCCUAUUUAUUCUUCUAGUUCUCCAGAAAAAUAUGUGCUUCCAUGUAUCGCUAGUUCUACAGAAGGCAAAUAUGUGUCUAACGUUCCUGAUUCUUCAGCAGAAGAAUAUGCGUUUAUUGGUGCUGGUUCCUCAGAAGAAGAAUACGUGUCUAACGUAACUGGUUCUCUAGUAGCAGAAUAUGUGCUUAACUUAGCUGGUUCUCCAGUAGGAGAAUAUGUGUCUAAUAUCGCUGGUUUUUCAGAUAAAGAAAAUGUGUUUACUAUUAUCAGUUACCUAGAAGGAGAAUAUGUGUUUAAUAUUGCUGGUUCUUUAGAAGAAGACAUAUCUGUUGUCAUGAGUUUUUUAGGAGAAUAUGUGUUUACUGCUGCCGGUUCUUCAGAAUAUGUGUCUGCUGCUGUUAGCUCUCCAGAAGAAGAAUACGUGUCCGACGUUGCUGGUUCUUUAGAAGAAUCUUCUAUCACUGGUUUUCCAGAUGAAAAAUAUGUGUCUAAUGCUUCCGGUCUACCAGAAGAAUCCUCACCAUCCUCUAUGAUGGAAACAGUUACUCGUGAGGAUAGUAUUAUUCGCCGACGAACUUAUUUAUGCAAUCACAGUAAAUCAUAUAAAUCUACUUCGGAGAAAGAUACUAGUACACAAAAAAUGCGAUGCCAAUUUUUGAUUAAUAUAUUUUGUCCCAAGACCAACAAUCCUGAUGAGACUAUAAUUGUUAAUAAAAUAGUUAAUGAAUAUAAUCAUAUAUUGAAUCGUAAUGCAAUUGAAUUUAGGGAUGAAAAAAAAUUUACAGACGAGAUGAUUGAAGAUGUGAAAUUUAUGACUGUGUGUUGUAAAUUUGGUGCGAUAGCACAAAGAAAGUUUCUUGAAGGAAAAUAUCCUUCACAACAAAUUUAUUCGAAUGAUCUCUAUGCUGUUAUCCGAAAAUUUAAGCCUACUAACAAAUUUUUAUUUGAUGAUGCAUUGAGAAUUUCUAACUGGCUUGAUCAAAAAAAAACACUUUUAAUUGAUGAAAGUUAUGAAUCUCACAAAUGGGUGUUUCUUAAGAUUAUUGAAGCAACCAAGGUUCGACCUAAAGUAAUACUAACAGAUGCAGAUCCGGCCAUUGAUGCGGCUAUUCGACAAGUUUUUGAUUCAUCAUAUUUGAUUCAUUAUGCCUUUCAUAUAACCCAGAACCUAUAUAAAAACCUAAAAAAAACUUUAGAUAAAAAUUAUCAAAAGUUCCUUACAGAAUUCUUUAAUUGUCGUGAUUGUCUUAAUAAAGAAAGGUUUAAACAGCAAUUUAACAAACUUAUAGUAGACUAUCCUAAUGCCAAACAUUAUCUGGAAUUUCUUUAUAAAUCGAAAGAAUCUUGGGCACAUUGUUAUACUGCAUUCAAUUUUACAGGUGGAAUGAUAGCUACUUCUCGAAUCGAGUCUAUGAAUGCAUGCUUAAAAAGAUUGAUUCAUAAUUCAAAUAGUUCUCUCUGUGAUUUGGUAAAAGAAAUUCACAAAUUACUUGAUAGGCAUGAUAAAGAAAAUGAAUACAGAUUUUGGCGAUUAUCAAUUCCAUCUGUUAAAAAUCAAGAAAAAGUGAAUUUUCUGUUUUCCAAAGUUGACAAGUGUUUACAACGAUUUCUUGGGCCUACGAUGUUAAAAAUGAAUCAGGACGAAAUUAAUCAAUCAUUAUACUAUAUGGCAACUUAUGUUAAUCAGAAUGAAGUUGAUAACUUAAUCGAAGGAUAUGAGAAUGCACUGUUUAAUGAAUCGUCAACCGUUGAUCUUCCACAAACAACUUUAAAUCAGAUGAUUAAAUUUGUUGGAUACUAUAAUGUUACAGAUCCUUUUUUAGUUGCUGAUAAGUUUAUGCAGGAGAUUGAAAUGAUAACAACUAAUUAUAGUAAACCGGUACCAUAUUUAAGUAGCUUUGAUCAGUCUAAAAUGGAUUUUCAUGAGAAAAAUUUGACAAUUCUUGAACAAAAAAUUGUAUAUGGAAAAUUGCAAGGAAUGUAUAAAAAGGCACUUAAUAAAGCAUUAGAUAAUUAUUCUAAAUCGCAACAGCUCAUUAAGUUAUUAGAAGAAUUCAUUGAAGAAGCGGAUAAUAAUAAUCUAUCUGAUUCUGAAGAAAGCUCACAAGGUGACAGUACUAGUGAUAAAGAAAACUAUGACCCCGCAACAGAAAUUCAAGUACGAAACCCAAAGAAACGUAAAGGUAAAGGUCGGCCACCAGGAACUAAAAGACUUAAGUCUUCUUAUAAAAGCUCUAAAUCUGUAAUGAAAAAUCAAUGUCGGUGCAAGAAGUGCGGAAAUGCUGGACAUUAUCAGAAAAAUUGUAAGGCAGAAAAAUAG